UCGGUGCGCACAGUUAAUAAUGGCAGCCAGCAUAGUUAACUACGAUGGAUACCACUGUUUUGAAUUUUUCCCUGGAGUAAUUAUUAAACACCAUGAUGUUUUAGCUAAGUAAAUUUUAGUUUAAAGCCUCCACCGCCACAUGGAAUGGCGGGGAAAAAGAAAAGUGGUUACGACGGCAAAAUUGCCGGGCUGUACGAUCUUGAAGAGACAAUCGGACAGGGUCAUUUCGCUGUUGUUAAACUUGCUAGGCAUGUUUUUACGGGAGAAAAAGUGGCAGUUAAAGUCAUCGAUAAGCAAAAACUUGAUGACAUCUCACGAUCCCAUUUAUUUCAAGAAGUAAGAUGCAUGAAGUUGGUACAACAUCCAAAUGUAGUUCGACUGUAUGAAGUUAUCGAUACACAAACCAAGUUAUACUUGAUACUAGAACUGGGAGACGGGGACAUGUAUGAUUACAUUAUGAAACAUGAUGCUGGGUUAGAUGAGAAAUUAGCAAAGAAGUAUUUUCGUCAGAUAGUAGAAGCUAUAUUGUACUGUCAUCGACUUCAUGUUGUCCACAGAGAUUUAAAACCAGAAAAUGUAGUAUUUUUUAAUAAAUUAGGUCUUGUCAAAUUGACAGACUUCGGUUUUAGUAAUGUUUUUGCACCUGGUAAAAAAUUGGAAACUUCGUGUGGAUCAUUAGCAUAUUCUGCACCUGAAAUUCUACUUGGAGAUUCUUAUGAUCCUCCGGCUGUUGAUGUUUGGAGCUUAGGUGUAAUACUCUUCAUGCUUGUUGCUGGUCGAGCACCAUUUCAAGAAGCAAAUGACAGCGAAACUCUGACCAUGAUUAUGGAUUGCAAAUAUCAGAUACCAAUCCAUGUUUCAGAUCUUUGCCGCAAAUUAAUUACAAAAAUGCUUGUCAGAGAGCCAUCACAGCGUAUCAACUUGGAGGAUAUAGAGCAAGAUCCAUGGUUGGCCAGUGAAAGCUCAUCAACUAAUGUACGAAUCAAUUUGCCUCUUUUGUCAAGAGAGCAUGUCUCUGAAGAGGAUCACAAUUAUGUUGUACAGAAAAUGGUUGAAGGCAAGAUAUGCACAAGAGAAGAGAUAUUUCAGUCCUUGGAAAGAGAUGCUUAUGAUCACAUUGCCGCCACAUAUUAUUUGCUGGUGGAGCGGCGACUGAGAAAGUUGCAACAGCAAGAGGCAACAGCCGCCCAGACUAAUAACUUACGAAAACAGUCUGCACCAUCGAGUAAUAUCACAAGUGGCAAACCUCACUUGGAGCCUCUCAUGCUAUCCCCACGCAAGCAAAAGGAAAUGAAGAAGACCAAAACUGCCCCUAUCCACCAGUCCCUAGUAGCUCCCCCAACCCUUGUUAUUACCCCUCCCAUCAUUGGGGAGUCUGCUUCUCAGGCCAUGCGCCUGCCAGUGAGUCCAGGUGGUCCAGAAUUUGUCAAGAGUUUGACCGUCAGUAUGACUUUAGAUCGCCGCAGCCAGAAAAAAAAACAAGAGCCAACUUUGGGCUUGUCUGGUCCAAAGAGUGUUGGUGCUGUGCCUGGUGUCUCUCCAAUUAUUCUCAUACCAGAUGCCAAAAGAACUCAGCAAAAAGUCAAAUCAGCCCCACUUACUUCAACAGAUGGUGCUAAAAUUGCUGGUGGAAAGAAAAAAUCUUCUGGUCCUUCUUUCUCCAAAAUAGCAAUACUGAGUUCAUUCUUUGAAAGGAAAGCAGCACAGGAAGCUGGUCUGAUUCCUCCUACACAGCCACACCAAAGGUUGUUUCCUUGGAGUGGUGGAAAGGACAGAAAGACACAGUCAGUAGGAUCAGAGCACUCCGAUUCUUCCAAUCUGGUACAGUCUCUGGUUUCUCCCCCUGGGACACACCCAUCUCCAGUGUCAGCCUCCCCCAAGAUGUCACAUCUGUCUCCAGAAGUCAUGUUUGCUGCUGUCAGGAAAUGUAGCCUCAUCCAUGAGGAAUCCCAAGAUGAUGACGAUGAUGACCUGGAAGACUUUGAAAUGGAUUCCAAUGAGCUGAAACCUUCAAAAAGUCUGGAGUUUCUUGAUGAAAGAUCCUCUGAUCUAUCCGCAUCAUCCAGUCUAGAGUUGGGUAUAUCCCCAGCGGUACCCGCAUCCUCUAGCCAUGAUUCUGUCAAUCCUAGGCGUCCUCUCAAAUCUGUCUGCAGCUCUCCUCAGCUACUUAACCAGAUACACGAGGAGAAUGAGUCUGAAGAUGAAGAUGAUUUUGUUCCUUUAAAACUGUCAGCCCCGCAUGGAAGAUUUAACCAUAGUGGGAUGGCGUCACCAGAAAUUUUAAGAAAAUAUGAGCAGAGAAGGAGAAGAAAGGGUGCGGGGCAAAGAGGUACAAGUUGUAGCAGCUCAGACGCCAGUGACACGGAUGAUACAGAUGGGAGGUCCAGGAAAGAAAAACUCAAACCCAAAUUUAUGCACAGACGAGACAGCAGCGACCAUUCGAGUGACACAGAUGGACCGAAUGGUGGAAACAAUAUAGGUGGUGGUGGACAUAUAGGUAAUGGUGGCGGUGGUGCCAAAGCUUCUCAUAGGAGUAGAAGAGAUGGAGGUGGAGGAAAUGGUGGUGGUGGUGGUGGUGGAGGUGGCAGUAAAGGUGGGAACAGCGACAAAGGUGGCAAAAGCCAUUCCAAACAGCAGUGUUUCUCUAGCAGUGACAGCAAGUCCAGCAGCGAGGACCCACCUGAUUGGCCAAAAGAAAAUAAUGAGAAUAUACCACAGCAACAUGUUAGCAAAGAGCACCUCAAGUCUCAUGAUGGCACAAAUAAAAAUAAUCAGCUGAAAAAUUCUGUCAACACAAACAACAAGAGAAAUCAGCUGAUGCGACAGAAACAUGUUCAUGGCAAGCUUGGAGCUCUGGAAAUGUUGGAGGGGGAUUUUGACCUGAUUGCUCUCUCAAGGAAGCUGUCUUCUAUUAGCUCAUCAUCUGUGUCCAGUGGUUCUGGUAGUGUGACUGGCAGCAUCAGCAGCAGCAGAAAACAGCAGCUGAGCAGCUGCCUGACAACAGUGGUUGUAUCGCCAGCGCCAUCUCCACACAAAGUCCAGUACAUUGGACACUGUUCUAAUCAGUCAGAUUCCAUAGCCCAGUCUAUUGAAUUCUCUCAGAUUUCUGAUUACUGUGACAGACUGAUGGAAGAUUCAGCAAAAGCUUCCAUGUGUGCCGGUGACUUUGGUGUUUCUAAGGGUUCCAGCCUUCAGGCUAGGAAGCCCCCAGCUAGCCAAAAUGGAUUAACAUCAACCUUUUGUAAAGUAGGCUCCGGAGCUCAAGUGGUACAGGUAGAAUCAAAGUGUUGUUCUGUUGUAUGACUGUAGGGAGCUCUUGUCAGGAUGGUUUCAUUGAAAUACAGAGCUUUUCUUUGUCCUUGUUGUGUGUGAGCUAAAGGUGUAAAGCAUCUGUGUUUGAUCAGUAAGUUUACUCUUUAACAAUUGUUUACAACUUAUCUCUUGUCUCAAGCCCUUAAUUCAAGUUGUCAAAAAACUUCCAAAUACUGUUGGUCAAUUAGGUUAGCAGCUUUGAUUUAUUUCAGGUAACUUGCCACACAAGCUAGUGAAUUCUACAUUUUAGUUAGGCAAUGCAGAUUUUACCUCUAUUCGACAGCAUAAGUUAAAUAGUUUGAAGCUUUCACUAUGGUAGGGGAUAAGAAUACAGCUUGUCCAGUGCUUAACAAUGUUUAUAACAGUUGACUUGCUGUGCUCAGAUAUAAUAUAAGCAAUAAUGAUCUUUCUUAAUUUGUUUUACGAUUGAUCUAUCUUGUAUUAUAUACAUUUUAUAGAUACUAUUUUGUUAUAAGAAUUUUUUUAAAAAUUCACCUAUUUAUAACCAUUCAAUUUGAUUUAUUCUAAGUGUAAAUAAAAUUCAUUGCUGAUCACAGUAGCUGCAUUUUGAUGUCAUUAGUUCAGCCAUAACUGGUUUAUGCUCUUAUUUUUUUACUCUUGAUAUGCUUUAUAUAAUGUUCAUAACAUUUUAAAAAUAAAAACAUAAAGUACCAUACUGAAUAUGAUACAAGCAUACAAAAAAACUUGUCAUUUCUUCAUUGUGGAAAGGAAAAAAUUCAUCAUGAUUUUUUAGGCACAAGAUAUUUUAAUGUAACUUUUUAUCAGGUUGUAAAUACAUUUAUCUGAAUUUCCCUUUAGAGUAAAAAAUUGUUUUUGCUUAAAAUAAUAAUCAACUAAAACAUCUUUUGCUCAAAUAUAAACAAGUAUUAAUUAGCUUUGUGUAGUUUACGGUUACCACUAAUCACAUAAUACCAUCGUAAUACCACCUCUAUAUGAAUGACAUUCAUUGUUGAAGAUGUAGACAGGGAGAAUUAUUCUAAGUUGAUGCAUGUAAGAAGACAAAAUAUCAUAACUGCAUAUAUUUCAUAACAUGCUGCUUAUCAUAUUGAUUUUAUUUUCCAUCAGACAUGUGUUAUAUGUUGUAAUUAUUUAGUGUUGUAGGCUUUGGUACUUUUCUUUUUGAGUGCAAUUCUUGAGUCAGUAUGAGAAAGGCACUACAAUUUUUAAUCCUUUACAAUGUUUGGUUGGAUAAUUAUGUAUAUUAUUGAUAUAUUUUAUUUUAUUGGAGGUAAGAUUGCAAGUUAUUUUAUUUGAUGUACAAGACAAGUGUCAAAUACUACAGGUGCAUGUCUCACUUCAAUGCUGAACAGUUGUGCAUUUCUCUCACAUUUUACCUUGUGUACAAUGGGGGUUUAAAUUUUAUGUUUGUUUUUGCAGAAUGUGAAUUUUUAACACAAUGAAUGAAUUGAAUAUUGUUUUUUUUCUUCUGUAUGCAGUCUUUGAUUCAAACAAAUGGUGAUCAAAUAGCUGAGAUCAAAUUUUAAAAUUUGGACAUUUUCAAUUCAUAUUUAUUCAGAGCAAGUUUCCUGCAUACAUUUUAAAUGUUAUGAUUCUAAUGUCACUGUGGAGUAUGUUGUAUUAUAAACUUUCUAUCCAUUGUAAAUAUUCUUGUAUUGAGUAUGGUGUAUUAUUUUGUCCACAUCCCUUUGUCCAAACUAUAAAACAUUCUAUUACCAACCCCCUCACCCCAGUCCCCUGGCCUUUGAAUCUGUAAAGAAAACAAAAAACUUGUAAACCUUGUUGAUUAAUCUAUAGGCAUAGCUGUGAUUAAUGAGUGUGUCAUGUUUUUAAUCAGUUGUGGUGUGGUACAUCAUCUGACCUCUCUAUCUCUUGUUAUACAUGUCAUAUUGGUUGAUUGGUUUAGAGAAUAAAUAUUGCUGAUCAAUAGUUGCUUGUGUCCAAUAGUUCUCCAUUAUGUUGCACACCUGACCACUUGCAUUGAAUUAUUUCUGUCUGUUUGAAGGUAGAACAAAAAACCUGUUGCUUUUGCCUUAGGAGACAAGCAAAAGUUUUAAGACCUGUACAAUUUUGAUUAGACAUGUAAUAAAUGAAAGCUAGACCAAUGUGUUUGAAACCCCUACCUGUGCUAUAUCAGAUAUUUUAAAAAAAUGUAUUUAUUAACAUAACAAAAAGUAGAAACAUUGGAGUAAUUUUACGUCUUCCAUAAAUUGCAUAUCUGAGACUGGUAUCUUAUUUAUUUUGUUAUAGUUUUAAAAUGAACUUUGUGAUAUGGCUAUAGCUGAGCCCAAUGAUUUAGUGUAAUCUUUUAAAUAUUGUAUUCUACAAUUUUCUAAAAGUUUAAACAAAUAUUUUUCUUCUUAAGAGAAGUAAAAGUCACAAGCUUAGAUUAAACUUAGACUCCAUGAUAUUGUUAGCUGAUCCAAACAUUCAACCACCCUUGUCUCAUCUGACUUAAACAUGUUAAACUAUCAAUUCUAGUAACUACCUCUAGUUAUUUGUUAAUAGCCUAAGAUGUUUUCCUAAUUUAAAAUCAUAUUGUAGAUAAUUUAAUUUAACACAUUUAAUUUACAUGAAAACCAAAUAGACUAGACUGGUAUACAGGCUAUAUAUCAAUCACUUUUAUAUUAUAUUAAAAACUGACACUUGAUACAAGUACACAUUUUUAAGCUCUCAUUGAGUGACAACAAUAUCUUGGCAAGGAGAAACAAGUCAUCAGGCUUAUAGUGUGCUCUAUAUUACACAACAUUUAUUGAUUUUAUUUCUGUGAAUUUGUGCAUGUUAUACAUUUGGUUGAAGGUUCUUGCCAGAAAGUAGGUAUUUUUGGAAAGGUCUUUUAAAGAAAAAUAGUUCUUUUUCAAAGGGUUUUGUCAGAUAUAUAUUAUAUUAUUCAAAGGGUUUUGUAAAAAGGUGGAUAUGUUUGGAAGGGUCCUGUCAGAAAAAGUAGAUAUAUUAGGAAGUCUUUCAAGUGGUCUCUGUUGCAUAAAGAUGUUGAGGUGAUCUCUAAUAGUAAUAUUCAUCUGACUAACUGGACCACAAAGAGCUAUGACAAUGUUGACGACUUUUGUUGAUGUAAUACAUAAUUUAUUCAAACACACAAACACACACAACAUUAAACUUGUUCACUGGUGUCCUUUGUGUAUUUUGAUUCGAAACUCAGUGAGUUGUUUUUCAUAUAACAUGAAAGUCAUAGUUUGUUGAGUUUUUUCAUUAUAAUAUGAACUUCAAAUAAUUUCUUGAAUUUUUUUUCUUCUAAUAUGAACAACUUAACUUGUGUAUAAUUUCCCCAAUGCUGGCGUUGGUGGACAUGUGAAUGAUCCUGUUGAAUGUUUGUGUUUGUGGAUGUGUGAAUGAUCCUGUUGAAUGUUUGUGUUUGUGGAUGUGUGAAUGAUCCUGUUGAGUGUUUGUGUUUGUGGAUGUGUGAAUGAUCCUGUGGAAUGUUUGUGUUUGUGGAUGUGUGAAUGAUCCUGUGGAAUGUUUGUGUUUGUGGAUGUGUGAAUGAUCCUGUUGAAUGUUUGUGUUUGUAGAUGUGUGAAUGAUCCUGUGGAAUGUUUGUGUUUGUGGAUGUGUGAAUGAUCCUGUUGAAUGUUUGUGUUUGUGGAUGUGUGAAUGAUCCUGUGGAAUGUUUGUGUUUGUGGAUGUGUGAAUGAUCCUGUGGAAUGUUUGUGUUUGUGGAUGUGUGAAUGAUCCUGUUGAAUGUUUGUGUUGGUGGAGGUGUGAAUGAUCCUGUGGAAUGUUUGUGUUCAGUAACCUGCCUUGUACAUAUCACUUAUGAGCUUUUGUAUUCACUUUGAGCUGUAGCUCACUACAUAUAACAUGUUACACCACAUGACUAUAUUCACUAGUGUGACAUUUUUAUAAUGCAUCCUACAAUCCAUUUCUAUCACUAAAAGUGGCUACAGUAUUUCUUUAUUCUUCAUUUUCAAAUUCUUUGUUUGUUCAUCAUAAACAUCAUUGAAACUUUUCUGCUACUGCUCUCAAUAAUUUGUCUGUGGUUAUAAAUGUUGGCUACGUUCCAUAGUAGUUAAUAGCAAAGCUGCAAGAGGCAGUUUGUAUUUGCCAGAUAAAUAAGUGUUGGCCAGAUACAGUUGAUGUCAGCCAAAUCUAGUGGAUGUUGGCCAGAUCAAGUGGGUGUUGGCCAAAUUGAGUGGGUGUAGGCCAUACACAGUGGAUAUUGGCCUAUAGAAAUCAAUGCUAGUCCCUGUGGAUUACUCAUUGUGAAUUAAGUACAGAACCAAAUUAGACAUUAAAUGGGAAGAUAUUUGAUUGCAGUGUUUUGCUACAUAAUUAAUGCAACAUUAUUUUCAAAUUAAUCACUACCUGUUGGAUCUUUCUAUGUUGGUUUAAAUGUGCUGGUUUGUGGAUGUUUGCUUUGUGAAUUAUGCUGUUGUUUUAUUUGUGGCUGAUGUGGUUUUCUUCAAAGCUAAUGUAUGAUUCUAAUUUUUUUUUUACAACUGUUGUUGCCUGUUGGUGGUGUUUAAUGGCUAGUUUUGUUUGUUAGUGAAGUGUUGUCAGCAGCUAGUCUUCUGUGUGAAGAUUGUGGUGUUUAAUGGCUAGUUUUGUUUGUUAGUGAAGUGUUGUCAGCAGCUAUUCUUCUGUGUGAAGAUUGUCUCUGCAGUUUGCUUUUUUUAUUUUGUCCCAACAAUUUAUACAAUCUAACACUUUAUUGAUCUAUUGUCAGUUAAAAGGUGAUAGGCUUUACAGUAAUUAACUGUUUACAAACCAUCAUGUUGGCUAGUUCAUUAUUUAUUGAAUGCUUCGUAACUAACACCCCCUCUCCUUUCCUGGCAUAAGAGGUAUUUACCCACACCCUUGAAUUUUAAAAAAUCUGAGACAAUUGUGAUCAGCUUUCCAGAAUAAAAUUUCUCAAGUGGAGAGAAAAGAGUCAUAGAUUGUGUGGAACUGUGAUUUGUUGAAUUGUCUUACACCUACAAACUUCAUCAACACUGUACAAUGUCUUACACAAACUCACACACACAUAUAUGUAAGGUAUCUGUAUAUAUAUAUACACACACACACACAUAUAUAUAU